GGCGAGUCAUAUUCAAACCAAAGCCCAUGAUUCAUGUAUUCACUCUUACGCCAACAUUUUAUCUUGUCUUGUCCACCUUCAACUACAUAUACAUACAUACAUACAUACAUACAAAAGUCUCCGGUUGGCGCGUGAUGGGAAAUUGUUGCUCCGACGGCCCCGGCGGUCAGUCCGCUGUCGGCGGAACAUCAGCUGCUCAUCGUAAUCAAACUGGUGGCCCCAACGAUGCUGUCGAUUGUUUUCUCAAGUCCCGCGGUUAUCGCGGCCUCUUUUCUCAGAUCGAGUUGUCCUUAUCUGCUUCAAAUCUGCGUGACCGUGAUGUGCUCUCCAAGAGUGAUCCUAUGGCAGUUAUCUAUGCGAAAGGAAAGGAUGGUGCACUUCAAGAACUUGGCCGUACAGAAGUAGUCUUAAACUCAUUAAAUCCCCAGUGGAUCACAAAGCAUAAUAUUACAUAUUACUUUGAGGUGGUGCAGAUGCUGGUGUUUCGGUUGUAUGAUGUCGAUACUCCAUUUCAUGAUCUAGAAGUAAAGAUGAUAAAACUCGAUGAGCAACAAAUACUUGGGGAGGCGACAUGUGCUUUGUCUGAGAUAAUCACCAAAUCAAAUAGGUCAUUAACAAUAGAUCUUAAACGUAUAGAGGAUUCUACCAGACCAAGUCAACCUGGAAAGUUUGGCCAGCUUACUAUAUGUGCCGAAGAAUGUGUUAGCUCCAAGAUUUCUACAGAGUUGGUACUGAGGUGUUUGGAUUUGGAAUACAAAGAUCUCUUUGCAAGAAAUGACCCAUUUUUGACAAUAUCUAAAUAUUUGGAGAGUGGGAUCACCUCCCCGAUUUGCAAAACAGAAGUUUUGAAAAAUGAUCAGAGCCCAGCAUGGAAACCAGUUUUUCUAAAUAUUCAACAAGUUGGCAGCAAGGAUACUCCUUUAAUUAUAGAGUGCUUUAACUUCAAUAGCAAUGGGAAACAUGAUUUGAUAGGAAAAGUUGAGAAAUCACUGGCCGACUUGGAAAAGCUGCACUCCAUGGGCAGUGGAGUGCAUUUAUAUUCACCAACCCCUGUUGGGAACAAUUAUGAAAACAAGGUUUUAAAGAGCCAAUUAUUUGUGGAUACAUUUUCCGAAAGUGUGCAAUAUACAUUCUUGGAUUAUCUGGCUGGUAGAUGUGAGCUGAACUUCAUGGUGGCCAUCGACUUCACAGCUUCCAAUGGCAAUCCACGGCUUCCUGAUUCCUUGCAUUACAUUGACCCUACUGGACGACCAAACGCAUACCAAAAAGCUAUCUUAGAUGUUGGAGAGGUAUUGCAGUUCUACGACUCGGACAAAAAGUUUCCGGCUUGGGGUUUUGGAGCACGACCAAUUGAUGGGCCUGUAUCCCAUUGCUUUAACUUAAAUGGAAGCAGUACAUACUGUGAGGUUGAAGGCAUUCGAGGAAUUAUGAUGGCAUAUACAAGUGCCCUUUAUAAUGUAUCACUUGCUGGACCAACAUUAUUUGGACCGGUGAUUAGCGAAGCUUCUCUGAUAGCAAGUCAGUCUCUAGGAAAUAAACAACAGAAGUACUAUGUUUUGUUGAUAAUUACAGAUGGAGUUAUAACAGAUCUCCAGGAAACAAAAGAUGCUCUUGUGAAGGCAUCUGAUCUGCCCUUGUCGAUCCUUAUCGUUGGAGUUGGGGGAGCUGAUUACAAAGAGAUGGAGAUUUUGGAUGCAGAUAAAGGUGAAAGGCUUGAAAGUACAACAGGACGUGUAGCAUCUCGUGAUAUAGUUCAAUUUGUUCCGUUCAGAGACGUAGAGAAUGGAGAGGUUUCUAUCGUCCAAUCUCUUCUGGCGGAACUACCUUCUCAGUUUUUAACAUACAUGCGAACAAGAGAUAUUCACCCGGCUUCCUGAUCAUACAUAAAAUUGUAAAUACACGUUGUAUCUGGUAUUUUCUUCGUCUCAAUUAAAUUUUCCCUUGCCAAAGUUUAUGUUGGCCAAUUUAAUCCACGUCCUUUUUUAAGUGAGUCAGCCGGAAAGUUCUUUAUAUUUCUCUCAGAGUCUUGGGUGAGUGUUUGAGGCAUAGUUCAGGGGUAGGUGUUUGAGGCAGAGUUCGUUUUUCCUGAUAUGUGUCACUCUGUUUAACAAUUUGAUUUUGCGAACAUUACAAGAUGAGGGUUUACUCGAGAUGUACACUAAACGAACUGCUUUGAAUUCCA